AUGGAAAUAUGCAAGAUAUCAAUGACAGGGUGGUUUUCUUUCGUUAACAGGUUAGCAGGAGCGGCGCUUUUAGGACCGGUGAUUAACUACUGGUGGAGAAACUUACCGAGAGACAUAACAAGAGAAGCUUUCUCUUUAACGCCUCCUGCAGAUCAGUGGGCUCUUAGAGUGGCUCACCAUGCUCCUUGGCUUACAUAUUGGUGGAACACUCAGAAAUGGUUCCCAUUCUCCAAUGUGAUUGCGGGUAACAAGGUUAUUUUCUCCCGUCAGGACAUGGAGGUCGUGUCUAAGCUCGGAGGUUUCAGCCCAAAUCUGGCAUACAUAAGACAACAGGGUGAAUACGAAAGCAUACACCGAGAUUUGAAAGUUGGAUUUUCAAGAUGGGAGUUUGAUCCUUUAAACCUUCAAGAUCCGUUCCCGAACAACAAUAGCUCAGUUCACCUAUGGCAUGGCGAUGAGGAUAGGUUUGUGCCAGUGAAGCUUCAGCUUUACAUCGCAUCAAAGCUUCCAUGGAUUCAUUACCAUGAACUCUCUGGAUCAGGAUAUUUGUUAUCUUAUGUGGAAGGUUUGACUGAUAAAAUCACCAAGUCGCUUCUGGUUGGGGAGGAAGAGAGCACCUGAGAGUAGAGACGCUUCUGCUUGAGUAACUGUGGGCUUGUAACUAUAUUUUCUGAAUCUCAGACUUAGUAAGAUACUUUCUGUAUGGCGAUGUCUACAAGUAAAAUCAGUAAAAAAUAACAACACAAACAGUCAAACUA